UAAUAAAAAAAGAUGUUAAAUUGUUUAUAAAAACACAAGUCUUGCUAUGAAUUCUAUCAUAAGUUACCUUAAACCCGUAUAAUACAAGUAAAAUGCGAAGAGUUUUUCUGGUGUUUUUACUAAUUUUGGCGAUUGCGAAAUCAUCGGGGUUCUUUGUCCAGGACUCCGAAUGGGAUAAUUAUAAGGCUAAAUUUGGAAAAACAUAUCGCGACCUUUUUGAAGAAACUUUUUCGCGCUUGUGCUAUGGCUUCAACAAAUUUGAAAUCCAAAAUCACAAUGACCGUUACAAAAGAGGCAUUGAAAGUUACCGAGUAGAAGUCAACCAGUUCAGCGAUUUAAAAUUUGUGAACUUCGUUGGAAUGUUCCCUCCAACUACAGACAUUCAAUCUAAUGCAGUUCCAUUCACAGUUCUAAAUACACCACCUCAAUCUUCGUUUUCGUAUACUGCUCAAGGAUUUACCAGUCCUGUUCAAAACCAGGGAAUUGUAUGCAACGGGGGAUGGGCCUAUGCCACUGCUACAACUAUACAAAUCUUCUAUGCAUCUAUAUCUGGAAAUCUUAAUUCAGAACUUCUUUCUGCUCAGAAUUUAAUUGACUGCGCUGGUGAAGCUACCUCUUGUAGCAAGCAAGUACCACAAACAGCUUUUGAUUAUUUAACAAAAAUGAAUCAAAAACUUUACCCGGAAAGUGAAUAUAGAAAUAAUCCAACAAGAACACAGGGAAUGUGUGUUUUACCAGUGGCUUCGACAGCUGGGAAAACCUUAAGGUCCUACUCUAGUAUUGAAGACGGUAAUGAUGAUAUGCUUAAGAGUGCCGUAAAUUUCUUUGCUCCUGUUGUAAUUAAAAUUAAUCCAGCGAACUUUGGAUUCAUGCACUACAAAGAAGGCCUUUAUACCCAGCCCAGACCUACUCGAAAUGCUGCACUUUAUGUAACAGUAGUGGGCUAUGGAAUUGACGAAAAGACAAAGAAAAAUUAUUGGCUUGUUCAAAAUUCGUUUGGAUCAACUUGGGGCGAGGCUGGAAUGAUGAGAAUUGAAAUGAAUUCAGCAAAACCAAUUGCCAGAUCAGGAGUUUUUCCUUCAGAGUGAACUAAAGUUGGAAAAAUAUUUAUAAAAUAAUAUAAAAUUUCGUGUUAUUGUUUUAAUGCAUGUGUAAGUUCUAAAAUAUUAAAUAAAGUUACAUACAUAGGU